AUGCUUUCAUUCCGCACCGCUCUUCUCUGCCUGAUGGCUGCCUCUGGAAGCGUCUACGCCGAGCACCUCAAAGUCGUCUGGUCAUCUGGUGACUUCUCUUCAAUUUCUGGUCCCGCAGGUGGCAACACAAACGGCCACUACUCAGGAUUUGCAAUCAUCAACGACGCCGGUGAAGCCAUCUAUGACCAAGGCUUCCCGGACGACCACUCCCCUUGCUACAACACCGGAGAUGGCCGUGAGUUCACCAUCGAGGGCGACUGCUGGAGCACGCCACGCAAGUUCAAGUGCAAGGCCGACUUCGGAGGCCACCCUGACACUUGCGAGGUCAAGGACGGGGAUGGGAACAGUCUUGGCACCGGCAAGGGACAGGAAGACACCACUUUCAUUGGCAUCGCCAUUGGUCAAGACGCCAGCUGCGUCGUUGAAUUUGACUCUGACAGCGAUGGCUGCCCUGUCGAUGACGGUAACGGGCCUCUUCAUGUUACAUCAGGUUAG